AUGUUUUUUAUUUGGGGGAUGAAACUCUUCAUAUCCGUUUUCCUCGACUUUUUGAGUUAUCAGAAUAUUUUUGUUCCUGAUAAGUGGAGGUCGGGAUGGGGUGUAGGAGGUAGCGGAUGGAGUCGGAGGAGGAGUUUAUUUGCAUGGGAGGAGGAAUUGAGUUUGGAGUGUUGUGCUAUUUUAGAUAACAUUUUAUUGCAUGUAAAUGUACCAGAUAAGUGGAUUUGGCAACUUGUGUCUGACUCAAGUUAUUCGGUCAAUGGAGUUUAUCACAUUUUUACUCAUACUGCCGUCCUAGAUACACAGGUGGCUACCCAGGAAGUUAUUUGGAAUAAAAUAGUUCCCUUGAAGGAGUCGUUGUAUGCUUUGAGAUUGCUAAAGAACAAGUUGCCAUCUAAGGAUAACUUGUUGCGCCGUGGAAUGAAUCAGUUGGAUUAUGUGUUGUGUGUAGGUGAUUGUGGAGUCGCUGAAACCUCAUAUCACUUGUCUUUUUUAUUGUAA